GAAAUGCUUCAGGCUUGCGGCAGACCCCGCCGCCGUGCCAGCGCGACAGCGUAGCCGGCAUUACGGUGAUGUGAGUACCCGCUCCCGCUCCGUGCUCGUUGUUCUUUUCUGAAUUGGCGCAGGUCUCAGAAGUUGGAUUAUGGCCAGCAGUUCCGUUCUCCACCCCGGCAUCUCUUGGCAGCCAUAUUGGCUCAAUCCGCGGUUGAAGAGCUGUUUGCUUACUCGAGCAUUUCUUGUUUCGCGAAGGCUGCGGUUCCGACUUUAGAUUGAACGGCCUUCACGUCUCGUGCUCCGGGAAGCAAUCGCAAUGUUGCGGUCAGUUUGCCUCCUUCUCCUGGUACAGGAGGUGCAGGGCUACGCAUGGAUGUCGAAUAUCAAGGCCCCAUCUUUCGACGGCCUGCUUCAGAGUGUCUCGGGCUCUAAGUUCGGAGACAAGAAGCUCGUAGUCAUUACUGGGACCUCGUCGGGCCUCGGACUGGCGACAACCAAGGCGUUGCUGAGAACAGAGAAAUACCACGUCGUCGGCGCCGUUCGCAACAUGGACAAGAUGAAAGUGGUGGCGGAGGAGGAAGGCUUUAACAUGGAUCACUUCACUCCCAUGCACCUCGAGCUUGCCAGCUUCGCCUCGGUGCAUCGGUUCGUCGAAGAGUUGGACAAAUUCCGAGGCGAUCGUCCCAUCGACAGACUUGCGUGCAACGCUGCCGUCUAUCAGCCCACCCUCAACUACCCGAAAUGGACGGAGGAUGGCCAUGAGCAGCAGCAUCAGAUCAACUACUUCAGCCAUUUCCUGCUCACUUCGAAGAUCAUGCCCAUGAUGGAAGGCUCCGAGGACGCUCGCAUUUGCAUGCUGGGGUCCGUAACUGGAAACGACAAUACUGUUGGUGGCGGGGGAGUCUACCCAAUCGCCGACCUCAAAGAACUCGUUGGGCUGGAGCUCGGCUGCAAGAAGCCGAUCGCCAUGAUGGACGGCUACAAUUUCAACGGGGCGAAGGCGUACAAGGAUACCAAGUUGGCCUGCAUGAUGACCUGCAACAUGCUUCACGAGCGAUUCCAUCGCUCAACGGGCAUCGCGUUCAGCUCCGUCUACCCUGGAUGCAUCGCCGAGACCCCGCUCUUCCGAGAGAAGCGCCCAUGGUUUCGGCAGUUGUUCCCGAUCUUCAUGAAGUACGUCACCGGAGGCUUCGUCGGAGAGGAGGAGGCCGGGCAGCGUCUCUUCCAGGUCCUCCACGACCCUCGAUGCCGCAAGUCGGGGGUCUAUUGGGGGUGGAACGGAGGUCCCCGCGAAGGCAGAGAGGACUCCUUGGAGAAGGGCGGCCAGAUCAUUGGCGCUGGUGGAGCAGGGGGUGGCUGGGAUUCCCUUUUCGAGAACGAUCAAUCAGAUAAGGUCCUCAACAAGGAUCUGAUGAUGAAGCUUUGGGACUACACCACCGAGAUUACGGGAGCCGAGUGGCCGAAGGCCUAUCAGCCAAAGUCGCCAUGCCCUACCCUGAAGGUCAUAGAGGCUGUCACGUCGGUGCUUGGCGUGCUUGAGGAGAAAGCUCGCAUGGAGGCGUCGAGGCAAGGUGAGGGUGCGAAGUUUGUUGCCGACCGCAGCUUGCCCAGAGAGGAGAGGAAGAGGCACCUGGAGCAGAUGCUCCUCAAGCUGGACAAGACGCCAACAGAUCCGAAGCAACUGGAGGAGGAUCUGCUUCUAACUUCGGGCAUGGCUCCGGACGUGAAGAUCAGCAGCGAGCGGUCUGAGCCGACGGCGAAACCGCCAGCGCAGGAAGUGAUCGCUGUUGUGGACGACCCCUUCCUCGAAGAGGAGGGCGAGAAGGAGCCUCCCAAGCUGAUCCCUGGGCACGAGCUCCUCGGGGACACCCCCGUGGUCUUCCAGCCCCAGAACGUCAUGACAAUGGCCCGGGUGGGCCAGCCUCUGAGCGAGGUGGCCAAGCAGGCGGACGUGUUCAUCAGGUACAAGUGCAGGAAGGGCGAGUGCAAGACCUGCGCCGUCAACAUCGACGGGAGGUGGGUCUCGGCCUGCCAGCAGCGGAUCGAGCCGCAGGCUCCGGGCGAGCACUUUGCGGUCCGGGUGCGGCCCGUGUCCGAGAAGGAGAAGAGGAAGGAGAAGGUGGCCUUCUUCUCGCCCGAGUCCAUCUCGGACGGGUUCUGGAACAACGCCUGGGGCAUGUUUGGGAUGGUGACGGAGGGUGCCAAGUCUGGUGACGAUUUCGCGGUCAGGAUGCAGAGGGAGAGGCGCAUCCAGGAGUUGACCGAGAAGAAGGCCAAGAGCACAGUCAAAAGUUUGAGGGGUGGGCAGGGAGAUACUCCUGACGAGCGGGAUUUCCCCGCGGAACAGACCAGUGUCCGAGAGAAGCUUGGGAGCGCGGCUACGUUUGGCCUCCUCGGAUUCAUGCUCGCGCUCGUACAGCGCAUUGGUGCCUGACGACGCGUGUCGAUCUCAAGGUCAGUCGACAACCAUUUCAGUUUCAAGUCAUGCUGACAGUUUCAUGUCAGGCAGCCUAACGUCUCUCCUGGAGGCCUUGGGGAGUGUUGCUGGCAUUCCGCUUGUCAGGAUUCGGGGCAUUUUUGAACUCCCUGAGCCCGAACUGUGCCCGAACAGCGCUUGUCACUUGUUUCUUCCUCCUCUGCCGCCUCAUCCUGUUUCAACGUCCCUUUCUGCAAGGCCUCGAGGCAUGUUGUUCGCGGGCGACGCCAGUGAAACGUCAUCUCGACAUCGGCGGUGAGCUGCUGUGUUACAUGUGAUUUUUCAACAAUGAGAGAGGUGCGCGCGAGGCGCGCGCGCGCUGCCUUAAAAAACUGUUCUGCAGACAGCAGCGUGUUGCACGAGAAAA